CGGCGGGGGCCAAGGGGGGCGGCCUCUAAAGAGGGCGCGAGCUUGCCCGGGACCCUCACUUUACGUAACCCAACACGCACAGGACGGCGCACAAACAAUGUGAUUUUAUUUUUCUUCAAUUUUUCUACUCUUUUUAAUUAUACAAUUUUUAGGAUUAGAAUCGUGAUAUUAUUUUAGGUGUCGCGCGACUUUAAUUAUUUCGCACUCGUUUUAGAUGUGUAGAGUAGGGAAUAAUGUCAAUAUUUAUUCGUAGCUGCAGUGAUAUUUUGGUGAAUAAUUUUUAUAAACUUAUUUUAAAAUACUUAUAAUGUGAUAAAUGAGACCUAAUUCGACAUAAUGGUGAACUAAAUAAACGAAUUCGUACAUUACUAGUGGAACGGACUGGAAAUCGAUCGAUCGGUUUUGUAAAUUUUUAACAUUUUUAUAACCGUAACUUAAAUAUACGAAAUGUUAAUAAUAAGAACAAUUCAUCUAUUAAUACAAAAUAAACGAAAAGCAAUAUGAAAAUUUGAUAAAAAUUUUCACGGAUUUACAAUUUGUAUGAAUAGUGGAAAAAGCCAUUUUCAUCUACAAAAUGACGAUGGAACGGGACCGUGGCGAGCGGGACUACAUCGGAUUCGCGACUCUGCCUGAGCAGGUACACCGAAAGUCGGUUAAGAGAGGGUUCGAUUUCACGUUGAUGGUGGUGGGGGAGUCAGGCCUUGGCAAAUCCACGCUCAUCAACAGCCUCUUCUUGGGUGAUCUGUACAAGAACCGCAAAAUAACUGAUGUUCAAGAUAGAAUAGAAAAGACCACGACAAUUGAAAAGAAAACAAUGGAAAUAGAAGAGCGUGGGGUGAAACUUCGCUUAACCAUAGUGGACACACCUGGAUUUGGCGACGCCAUCAACUGUGAGGACUCAUGGAGAGUCUGCUCGGCCUACAUCGACGAACAAUUCCGACAAUACUUUACCGACGAGAGCGGGUUGAACCGGCGACACAUGCAAGACAAUCGUGUGCAUUGUUGCUUGUAUUUUGUACCGCCCUGGGCGCACAGUAUACGGCAAGUGGAUCUGGAGAUGAUGAAGCGACUCCAUCGGAAAGUAAACAUUGUUGUGGUAAUCGCGAAGGCAGACUCGCUCACAUCUAGUGAAAUCAAGAGGCUCAAAACACGCAUACUUGCUGAUCUAGAGGAACAUCAGAUACAGGUAUACCAGUUUCCUGAGUGUGACAGUGACGAAGAUGAGGAAUUCAAACAACAGGACCGCGAGUUGAAAGCUGCGGCGCCAUUUGCCGUAGUAGCGGCCGACACUGUACUGGAAGUGGGCGGGAAAAGGGUACGCGGACGACAAUACCCCUGGGGAAUCGUCGACGUGGAAAAUCCUCGACACUCAGACUUCACUAAGUUGCGAACAAUGUUGAUAUCAACACACAUGCAAGAUUUAAAGGAUGUCACCCAAGACGUUCAUUACGAGAAUUUCCGCGCGCAAUGUAUCUCGCAAAUAUCACAACACGCUAUGAGAGAAAGAGGAAAACUUAAAAGGGAUUCAAUGGGCAACAACAACGAAGUAGUUUUUACUGACACUGAUCGUUUACUAUUACAGAAGGAUGAAGAGAUCCGACGCAUGCAAGAUAUGUUAACACAAAUGCAAGAGAAACUCAAAGCUUCCGACAAAAAACAUGACAGUAUUAUCGAUGUAUAGAAUAUUUAUAGACUGCAUUGUAACUAUAGCGUAGUAUUACACUACAUACUCACUUUAGAUAUGUAUAUUUAUUAAAAAGAAACUAUUACAUACUAAAACCUCUUUAGAAAAAUUUGAUGAAUUUAGAUUUUUGAUACGUUUUAGUUUGUUAUCAAAAUAAAAGGUUUGUAAUAAACGUCUAUAAUAUUGUGAUGCUAUAAAGUCAGAAAGAAGCAUUUUUCUAAAUUGUUUCGAACUACAAUUAGUAUAAAAUUUUAUUAGUUCAAUGUGACAUUGUAGCACAUAUUCGGAGUAAUAAAGUAGAUAAUUAUAAUGAGAAUAAGAAGAAGAUUUAUAGUCUUCUCUAAUUUUUCAUCAUGACAGAUGGUAUGAUGUUCAUAAAUAUGUAGUUCAUGGCAAUCAUAGUAAUUAAUAGUAGUAUAAAUUCAAGUUGGUUAUCUGUUGAAAUUUGAAAAGGUAAUUGGACUAAUGUUGAGUCAUGAGAAUAGUUCGAUAGUUCCUUAUUCUUAUGGUUGAGUCUUAUAUAUUUCUACUGCCAAAAUGAAAUGGAACCUAGAAUUGACUUGGAGGUGAUAAAAGCAUCAUUAAACCACCAAAGAAAUAUAAUAAAAUAUAAAUAUUAAAAUCGUCGACAAUUUACAUUCUUAAUAGAACUAAAAACUAAGUAAAUCAAAAUAUAUAAGACGUAAACAUGUCUUAAUAUUCUGGUGCAGUAUAAUUUUGUUUUCAUCAAAAUUUAUAAAACUCGCCUGAUAAUAAAACGAAUAAUCUAACAGAAAUCUUUUAUCACGAACGACUCUACCUAAUUAUAUAUGAAUUUGUACCAUCUAAUUAAGUAAGUAAUUACAAAUUACCAAAAUAUAAAAAAUAAUUAAACAUCCAUGUUGCUCAUCUAAUUGUUUCAUUCAAUUAUUACUGUUGUGAUAUAGACUUAUGUCUAUUUAUUAUAAUCUAUUGUUAACGCCGGAGUCGCAGAAUAUAAGUAGUUGAAAAAAGAAAUUAAAUAUAAAAUGUGACUUGAAUUAUAAGCAGAUAAUGAGAUUUUGCAUAACACUAUUAAUAUUAGCAAAUUAUUGUAUAGGCUGAUCGCGUAUGUCUCUGGUACGAAAUAGAACGCACUUUGUAAACUAUAUUCAACCAAUGUUUUGGUCAACAUGGUCGUUUUAAACAUUUUAUAUUUUUUGUUUGACAGUAAAAUUUAUGCCUAAUAAAAUAUACCAAAGUACCUAUAUUAAAAAUAUGUUCUUUUUUAUCAAAAUAUUGCAUUAAAUUGAUACUUUAUUUAUA